AUGACUUCCACACCGACCUCUCGUAUCCAUUACUCCCCACCAUGGGGAGAUGCGAGCAUUGUUGGAGUGGCUGGAAGCUCGGGCUCGGGCAAGACAUCACUUGCCUUGGCUAUCGUAGCCAGAUUAAACCUUCCGUGGGUUGUCAUUAUGUCCAUGGACUCUUUCUACAAACCCUUGACCCCUGAGCAGUCCAAGAAGGCAUUCAAUAACGAGUAUGACUUCGACUCGCCAGAAGCUAUUGAUUUUGACGUCCUUGUGGACAAGUUAAAAGAUAUCAAGCAGGGCAAAGUCGCAGAGAUCCCAGUGUACUCCUUCGAAAAGCACGCCCGCCUCCCCCAAACCACAACCAUCUACUCCCCUCAUGUCCUCAUCGUAGAAGGCAUCUUCGCCCUGCACGACCAGCGCGUCCUUGACAUGCUCGACCUCAAGAUCUUCGCCGAAGCAGACGCCGAUCUUUGCCUUUCACGCCGUCUCGCCCGAGAUGUCAAAGAGCGCGGCCGCGACAUAGAAGGCUGCAUCAAGCAAUGGUUUGGCUUCGUCAAGCCCAACUUUUACAAAUUUGUCCAGCCGCAGCGCGACAUCGCCGACAUCAUCAUCCCAAGAGGUAUAGAGAAUAAAGUCGCAAUUUCUAUGGUGUCGAGUCAAAUCCAGAAUACGCUUGCGCUUAAGUCGGGAAAGCACCAGCUGGAACUUCUGAGGCUGGGGAAGAUUGCCGAGGAUAGCCCGCUGAGCCCAAACGCCUUGGUGAUAAAGCAGACGAACCAGGUCAAGGGGAUUCAUACGCUACUCCUGGAUCCGAAAACGAAUCGUGAAGACUAUAUUUUCUACUUCGACCGCAUUGUGUCCCUCUUGAUUGAAACGGCAGUUGACUUUCUGCCUUUUACACCGGCGCAGAUUCAGACGCCACAGGGUUACUUAUACAUGGGAUUACAUAAGAGCAAGGAAAUCUCCGCUGUGAUAGUCUUGCGCGGUGGUUCUGCCUUCGAGACUGGUCUCAGGAGGACUAUCCCCGAUUGCCGGACAGGCCGUAUUCUUAUCCAGACAAACUACCGCACGGGCGAGCCUGAACUGCACUACCGCGCGCUACCAUCGAACAUCUCAGAGCAUGGGCUGGUCCUCGUGUUGGAUCCACAGAUGAGUAGUGGUGGUGCGGCGUUGAUGGCGGUUAAGGUACUCGUUGAUCACGGAGUACCUAAUGAUAAGAUUGUAUUCGUGACAUACAUGGCCGGCAGAAUCGGUGUAAAUCGUGUUCUAAGGGUGUUCCCUGGAGUGCGGUGCGUUGUCGCUCGGAUGGGCGACGAGAGGGAAGAACGGUGGGUGGAGACGAAGUAUCUGGGAUGUUGA